GGGAGGAAACGGAGCUGCAAACUCAGUCCUGCUCUGCUGUACAGGGUGCAGGGCAGGGGGAGAGCCAAUCACCGAAACGCACAGGCUCCCUUUAAGCCUGACAUAUCUCCAGCAGGAACAAAUUGUCCCAACAAUCAACAUCCCAAUCUGCUGCGCGCAUCAGGGGCUGGAGUGGAGUGGAUAGCCUAUAGGCCUGUGCUGCGCGGAAGGAUUGCGCUGGAUUGCAUCGCGACAAGAAACGAUAAACACAUAAAAAAAUAAUAAACGACAGCUAUCGUUUUGGAUACCAGCGUUUCGGGCGGAGGAGUGAGCUCGGACAUCAUGUCUAUAUUACCGUCCUUCGGGUUUACGCAGGAGCAAGUGGCGUGCGUUUGCGAGGUGUUGCAGCAGGGUGGAAACCUGGAGAGGCUCGGCCGCUUCCUGUGGUCUCUACCCGCUUGCGAUCACCUCCACAAGAACGAAAGCGUCCUCAAAGCCAAGGCGGUGGUGGCCUUUCACCGGGGGAACUUCAGAGAGCUCUACAAGAUCUUGGAGAGCCACCAGUUUUCUCCGCACAACCACCCCAAGCUGCAGCAGCUCUGGCUGAAGGCGCACUACGUGGAGGCGGAGAAACUGCGCGGCCGGCCGCUCGGAGCUGUAGGGAAGUACCGGGUGCGGAGGAAAUUCCCGCUGCCCCGCACAAUAUGGGACGGAGAAGAGACCAGCUACUGCUUUAAGGAGAAGUCCAGGGGAGUCCUGAGAGAGUGGUACACGCAUAACCCUUACCCGUCCCCGCGGGAAAAGAGAGAGCUAGCCGAGGCCACAGGACUGACCACCACGCAGGUCAGCAACUGGUUCAAAAACAGACGGCAGAGAGACAGAGCGGCAGAGGCGAAGGAGAGAGAGAACAGUGAAAACAACAACGCAGGCGGCAACAAACAGAACCAGCUGUCCCCGCUGGAUGGAGGAAAGUCUCUCAUGUCCAGUUCGGAGGACGAGUUUUCUCCACCUCAGAGCCCCGACCAGAACUCAGCGCUUUUGCUCCAGGGCAACAUGAACCACCCCGGGGCCUCCGCUUACCCCAUGUCCGGCCUCGGGGCCCCACAGCCGGUGCACGGCAUGCACGGACACCCGCACCAACUGCAGGACUCCUUGUUGGGACCUCUAACCUCCAGUCUUGUGGAUUUGGGCUCUUAAAGAGGCUGCCAGAUUAUUCUAUUUUACAAAAACAAAAAUCA